AACAUAAAAUAAUCUGAUAACAAUAAUCUUGGUGGUAUCCCUUAUAUAAUUUGCCAAACAUAAUAAAAUAUGAAGAAUAUUUACACUAAGACAAAAAACUACACUAACUUAAAACGAUUUUCUUGUACUAUAAAUAACUAUAGAACCUCUUUGGAUCCAAUGCCAACAAGGUUUAUCAAACGAGCAUUCCGAUACCAUUAUAUUUUUAAAAUGUUUUAGUCCAUAUACAUGGACUGCAAGUCUGCAAAAACAACAACAAAAGGGAAAAUAAAAAUAAUGAUUGAAAAGAAAUAUCAUCACGCAAAACCUUAAAAGUACUAUCGACGUCGUGUCAUCCUCCUCUUCAUCUACAUCAUAUAGUUCCCACAGUUUUCACAUCAAUAGUUAACCAUUUUCCCAAUUUUUUUUUUUUCUACACACUCUCUUUUCCUCUCUCCUUCGUAUAAUACUAUAUUAGUACCAUUACCCAUCUCCCUUUCACCACCAAACCUCUGCAUAUCCUCUCUACUCUCUCUCACUCACAAGCAAAAAAAAUGUCAGGCAACCAUUACUCGAGGGACAUCCACCACAACACUCCCUCGUUGCACCAUCACCAAAACGACGCCGUUGUUGAUGGAGAGUAUUUGUUCGAGAAAUCACUAACACCAAGCGACGUCGGAAAGCUAAAUCGUUUAGUCAUACCGAAACAACACGCCGAGAAACACUUCCCUCUCAAUAAUGCCGCCGAUGACGUGGCGGCGGCUGAGACGACGGAGAAAGGGAUGCUUCUGACCUUCGAGGACGAGUCAAGCAAGUGUUGGAAAUUCAGAUACUCGUAUUGGAACAGUAGCCAAAGCUACGUGUUGACCAAAGGAUGGAGCAGGUACGUGAAAGACAAGCAGCUCCACGCAGGGGACGUUGUUUUCUUUCAGCGCCACCGUUUUGAUCUACAUAGAGUCUUCAUUGGUUGGCGAAAACGUGGCGAGGUUUCUUCCCCUUCCGCCAUCUCCGUCGUCUCUCAAGAUGCUCGAGUUAACACGACGGCGUACUGGAGCAACGGCUUGACUACACCAUACCGUCAAGUACACGCGUCAACUAGUUCUUACCCUAACAUUCACCAAGAGUAUUCACACUAUGACGCGCGCGUGUCGCGACGGUGGAAAAUUGUAGGCGCCGUCGCUGAGACACCGACGGUGGUUACAGGGAGCUCGAGGACGGUGAGGCUAUUUGGAGUUAACCUGGAAUGUCACGGCGACGUUGUCGAGCCACCACCGUGUCCCGACGGCUACAAUGGCCAACACUUUUACUAUUACUCAACUCCUCAUCCAAUGAAUAUCUCAUUUGCUGGGGAAGCAAUGGAACAGGUAGGAGAUAGACGAGGUUGACGAUAUCCGAAACGAAUGAACAAUCUUUUAGAUUUUGACUUUAGAUUAUGAGUCCAUACUUGGCCCAGUUGUCAUAGACAAACACCAAAAAGGAGGACAAUUAAUAUCAGUAUAACUUUAUUAUUAUGUACUUAGUUAUUUACUAUUUAACCAAUUUGAAAACAAAAAUAAAAAAAGAGUAGAAUUUUCUUUUUCAA